AUGCUACUCACUGACCCCCCACCGGCGGCAGAUGGCGAUGAUGAUGACGACGACGACGACGAUGGGGAUGCUGAUGCCGAUGCGGGGCGGACCCGUGGGACGUUUCUCCGCGGGUUUGUGUGGUCGUUGUUGUUGGCGGGGGGUCCCGACGGGGGGCUGGGCGCAUCGCGGUGGCGUCGCGGAGGCGGAGGCGGCGACGGCAGUGCAGCGGCGGGAGGGGCCGCUGGCGAUGACGGCGGCAGCGGAGCUGCAGAGCCGUCAGCCCUGCCGGGGGAAGGUGGAGAUGUAGAGGAGCUGCCGGCGACUCCACCGCGGCGGCCGCCGCAGCUGUCUCCCCCGGAGGUUCCGCUGUACGGAUCCUCUUCCGGCUCCGCCGCCGCCGCCGCCGAGGGACUCGCUAGACCCGCGGAUGGCGGCAAUCCGGUGGCCUCCGCUGGGGCCGGGGGAGGCGGUGAGGUGGAGGCAGCGGCGGUGGUGAGGAGGUACACUCGGCUGGCUUUUGUGGUGGGGCUUAUGUGCGUCAUCGUAACUGCCGUGAUCAAUGCCGUACUUGUGCCCGUGGUCAACGCUCACGUGAUGCCCACUUGGGAGCAACGGGCGGCGGUUAUACUGCAACGAGAUGUCUCCCUGGGUCGCAUCCGCUGGGUUGGACUGGGGGGUGUGACCGGUGUGGUUCCGUUAAUUCGGCUGGGCCCGGUAACGGUUGGGCCGCAAUGGGGGGGUGCCGAGCGCUCCCAUGCCGUACUGCCCGCCGUGUCGCUGUACCUGGAGCCCCUGACCGGUUCUGUGUACAGACAGGCCGUAUUGAGGAUGCACCUGGAGGCCCCAGACGUAACGGUGGUCCAGGGCCCCAACUUCUCCUGGUUUGGCUACCCCGAGGACACCCCCGAUAACGCCCGCAACUUCGUACCCGGGCUGGGAUCGGAGGAGGAGCUGGCGCUGCGGGAUGGCCGUACGACGACGCUGUCGUACGGACCACCGCCGCCGCCGCCGCCGUCUGCGGAGUUGAUGCCGCACCAGUCACGCCAGCCGCAUCAGUCACCGCCCUCGCAACCGGCAAGGGAAGGCACGGCGACGCCGCCGCCGGGUUCCGGAACUGUACGGCAGAGUACGGCAGAUACAGUUGGCCUGAGGGGUUCUGGUUUAUCUAAUGGAGAGCUCGCGAACCAGGGCCCGGGCCGGGGCCCGACGGUGCCGCCGCUGGCGGCGCUCGUACACUCGCCCUUCCCAACCGCUCCGCUGCAGCCGCCGCCGUCGCCGUCGCUGACCCGCGAGGCUGCGUCGACGGGCAACCACGCCGCUGCCACCAUCAGCGCCGCUGGCGGCGCCGGCACUUCUUCCGUACGUCCUGUGCAGCAGCUACCGCAGCAGCAGCAGGACCUCAUGCAAGUGAUGCUUGAGGCGCAGCGGCGGCUCCAGCGGCACGUGUGUGAGCAGCUGCUACAGCUUCCGGUAGUGGACUGGGUGCUACAGCCCUUCACGCAAACUAUAGCUACAGCCACAGCACCAGCUGAGCCAGUCAACCCCCACGCCAAGCGCCACCUCCGCCACGUCACCCCGGGAGCAACCGCCGGGGGACAACCGCCUAGGAAAUUCGGUUGCGACAACCUGCCACGUGGUACGACACUGGCGAUCCAGCACGCACCCGCCCGCCAACAAGCCCUUGGCGGCGACGGCGUUGGCAGUACCAACAGCGGUGGCGGCGCCGCCGCCGACGACGACACGGCGCCAACAUCAGAUUUGGUGUCACGCUACUGCGAGACUGUACGGCCGCAGCGUAGCGCGUCCCUCCACUUUUGGGACGCUCCGGACGACAUCUCCUCCGCCGAUAUGGACUUGGUUCUGGAGCGGGGUCGCAUGUACCUGCUGGGUGCGGUAGGCAGGUUCGGAGCUGUGCCCAUCACCCUCACCGGGGAUAUGGAUCUCAACCCGGAUACGGGGACGUACAGGCUUCAGGCCAAUGUGCCGGGCGGCGGUGUGGAGGUGAAUGCGCUCCGAGCCACGCUGGGUGUACGACCCGUACCCAUACCCGUUGCAGGGGCAGUGCGUGGUGUACUGCACUGUACGGGGCCGCUGGAGAGGCCCAUUUUCUCAGGAUCCGCGAUUGCCGUACGUCCAUCCCGGGAGCAAUUGUCAGCGGGCAGCGGUGUCGCGGUGGCGGCGUACGACAAGGUGCCGCUGCUCGGGGCGCAGGCCGUCUUCACUCUGGACAUGGCUACACAGAUGCUAAAUCUCCAUUCCGUACAGGAUGUGGAGCUGCCGGACGGUGUACGGCUGGGCAGUGCUUCCGUACGAGGUGUCAUGUCCGGCAGUCAUUUGGCCCCCGCGGUGGACUUGACGACGGAGGCCCCGGCAGCCAGGAUUGCGGGCUCGGCAUCAUUCGGUCAAAAGGCGAUUUCUCUGAGCGCCCGCAGCCCCGCCUUCUCCGUGGACGGUACCGUACACACCAGCCUGCCGUACUUGGACGAGCUCAGGGCCUCCGACACGCAGGCCGAGGCCACCUACUUCGCUCGUCCUCGCUUCCUGGGUGCGGAUCUGGAGCUCCACUGCGCCGCCCCUGGAGCAGACCUGUUGCCCCUGGCCACCGGGCCCACCACUCCGCCCCCCUUCGACCCCCUGGCGGCCAACCAGCCGCUGCACCUGCGGCUGGCGGGACAUGCGAAACUGGCGCUCAGGCCGGCGGCGGCGGCGCCAGCGGCGGCGCCAGCGGCGGCAUCACUGCAUUUGGCGACGAGGGGCGGGCAGCAGCCGCCGCCGCCGCCGCCGCAGCAGCAGCGGCAGGUGGUGGCAGUGGUUGCGCCAGCGGCCCCGCCGCCCCGGGUGCCUGAUGGCCCCAGGGUGGGAGGGCCCAAGAGGUUUGAGGGUACGAUUAGCCUGUCGGGGAUUCGAGUCAACUCGUUGGAGCUCGUACGGAGCCUGUCCGGCAGCGCCGCCAUCGACGGCGAAGCGGGAACCGUUGCCGUACGAGCUCGCGGUCCUGGUGCCGCCGGUGCCGCCGCCAUCGGAACGCAUACAGGGGCCUUAUCGAGCGGUGGUGCGCCAGCGAGUACGGCAGCGGCACCGCCAGCGGCGGCCGGCGGCGGCAGCAGUGCGGGGCCGCUGGCGGCGGAUGUGCUGGACUUCGAGCUGGCGGGGACUGACAGCCGAUUCCUCCUGAGGCGGGGACCGCUGCUGUUGGAGGCAGAGGUGGUCAGCGGCGGCGCCGAAGUGUCGUUACAGAUCGCCAACCUGCAGCUCGACGACCUGGAGGGCGGCUCCCUCCGGGGCAUGUUGAGAUCCGCCCGUCUGGCUGCUGACGUGGCGGGCCGGAGGGGCCGCGGCAGCUGUACGGCAGAGGGGCUGCGGCUGAGCAGUUUGGCAGUUGGCAGUUUCGGGGGGGCGGUUAGGUGGGAGGGGGAUAUUGUGAAGCUGGAGGAGACGGUGUUGGAACAGCAAGGAAGCAGGUACGAGGUCUCCGGUGAAGUGUUCCUUCCAGGGUUUGGAGCCCCAACUACACCACCACCAUCACCGCCCACCACCACCACCACCACCACCACCACCAACAACAACAACAACAACAACAACAACAACAACAACAACAACAACAACAACGGCACCGCCGCCUCCGCCGCCGCUGAUUCACCCCCAACCACGCUAACCAAGACAACCGGAAACGCGCCGACACCUCCUCAGCCAUCCCCAUCGCAGCUGCCGGCGCUGACGUCAACGCUGUCUACGGCGGGUAGACGGCGUGGCGGCGAUGGCAAUGGUACGGCAGACGAGGUCGAUGCCGUGACGGCGGCGGUGGCGGUGGCGGCGGCGGCUACGGAGGAGGAGGAGGAGGUUGCGCCGCCGGACUGCCGCUGGCGGCUACAGGUCAACGUACCCUCUGCCCAGAUUUCGGAUCUGCUCCCUGCCGUACAACUCGCAACGAGCGCUAGCCGGCCGGGAACAGACUACGGCGCCGCCAAGGCCAGAUUCCUGGACGCCAUUCAGUCCGGGGCGGCAUCGGCCAUUAGCCCACCGGAUGUACGGCUACAGGUGGAUCUCUACAGCCGGCUGCCGAGCAUCCUUAGAGCCGCCCCCGCAGCCACCGCACCGAAGAUCUGGCGUACUGCUGCUACGGACACCUCGUCCGCCGGCUCCGCCUCUUCGCCCGCCGCUGCUGCCACCGCCACCGCCACCGCCACAGGAGCACCACCCAGUACGGCACUGGGUACGGCACCGGUGGUGGUUGGCGGCAACGGUGCGGUUCCUGCGCUUUCAGAGUUGUCGGGGGAGUGGUCGGGGGGCAUUCAGCUGUACGGCGGCCUUUCCGGUCCCAGCGCGCUGGAGUUCUCCUUGGCGGGUCGGGAGUGGCGGUGGGGUCCCCGUUAUCGGUUAGAUCGGUUGGUGGCGGUUGGUUCGGCGGAUGCGGCUGAGGGGGUGGCGCUGGAGGAGCUGGCGGUGGAUGCGGGCCCGGCCCGGCUCCGCGCCGCUGGCUCCCUGCUGUGUCCCCGUCAGGAGGCCCGUCUGGCGCUGUACGACUUCCCCCUGGACGCCUUCGCGCCCCUCACCAGCACCGCCUGGCCGGCGCUGGAGCGGGCGGCGGCGGCCGCCAGGGCGAGGGGGGCGGCACAAGCGUCACCGCUGUCGGCCGACGGUCCAUCACCCCUAUCGCCCGCCAUAACGCAUAGCUGGCUCUGGCUGUGGCGGUGGCUGCGGCUGUAG